GAGAGAGAGAGAGAGAGAGAGAGAGAGAGAGAGAUGUCUGGGUGAAUGUUGCUGAUAGCAGAGCUGAGUGAAAGGACCUCAGACGCAUUAGAAGACUGAGACAAGAAUGGACCAAUCAAAGCCACACGUAGAUAUGUUCCACUACAGGAACAAGGAACAGUCCUCCUACCUCCUACUGCAGCUGAACUGUCUGAGACAGAGCAGGAUCCUUACCGACGUGCUACUCUGUUCAGAUAACACAGAGAUCCCCUGCCACCGUAACAUCCUGGCCUCCAGCAGUCCUUACUUCACGGCCAUGUUCUGUCACCACUUCAGAGAGACGAACCAGGAGAAGGUGGAUCUGAAGGGGAUCACCUCCAGCAUCCUGAGUGACAUCGUCGACUACGUCUACACAGGGGUCAUCACCAUCACCAUGGAGAUAGUACUGCCCCUUAUGCAGGCUUCCUCCAUGCUCCAGUACACCAGGCUGUUCGAGGCCUGCUCCGCUUUCCUGCAGGAGCAGCUGAGCCCAGACAACUGCCUCAGCAUGAUGCGGCUGGCAGACAUAUUACACUGCAACAGCCUGAAGGAGAAGGCCAGGGAGAUGGCAGUACAGAGCUUCUCUGAUGUCUCUACCUCUGAGGACCUGUGUGAGCUCUCCUUACCUGAGCUGAUGGGUUACCUGGAGGAUGACUGGCUCUGUGCUGAGGAGGAGCAGGUGUUCGAGACGUUACUGGCGUGGAUCCACCACGACCCGUUCUCCCGGCGCGGCGCCAUCUCCGACCUCUUCAGGAAGGUGCGUCUGCGCUACAUCCACCCCACCUACCUGUUCCAGUUCAUCGCCAACGACCCCCUCGUCCAGUCCUCCACCCUGUGCACCGAGGUCAUCGAGUCCGUCCGACGCCUCAUGUUCUCCAUCACCACUAAGUGUGGGUCGGACCUCAAGCCCCUGUGGGUGACCCCGCGGCGUUUCACCUGCCGGGAGACCCUGGUUCUCGUUGGCGGCCGCAAGAACAACGAACAGACGUCCCGCGAAGCACUCCUGUUCGACGAGAGGACUCAGCGCUGGCAGUGGCUGGCCAAGCUGCCCUUGCGACUCUAUAAGGCCUCCUACGUCUGUAUCCACAGUAUCCUGUAUGUCCUGGGAGGCCUCACCAUGAACACCAAGCACAGAGUGGUUAGCACCACUGUCUAUACGUUUUCUCUGAAGAACAACCAGUGGAGGACGACUGAGCCCAUGAUCCAGCCUCGCUUCGCCCACCAGUCUGUCUCCUACCUGCACUUUAUCUUCGUCCUGGGGGGUCUGGGGCCGGAGAAGCAGGUGUGCGACACGGUGCAAAGGUACAAUACUAUGUUCAACCAAUGGGAGGCUAUGGUUCCCAUGCCGACGGCUGUGCUACACCCGGCGGUUGCCGCUAACGAUCAAAGAAUCUACAUGUUCGGGGGAGAGGACGCGAUGCAGAACCCUGUCAGGAUGAUACAGGUGUAUCACAUUGGCAGGAAUAUGUGGUCUAUGAUGGAGACCAGGACAGUGAAGAACGUUUCUGCACCAGCAGCUGUCCUCGAUGACAAGAUCUACAUUAUCGGAGGCUACACCAGAAGAAUGAUCGCGUACGACACCAAAGCCAACCGCUUUACGAAGUGUGAGAACCUGAAGCAGAGGAGGAUGCAUCACGCCGUCGCGGUGCUCGACGACAAACUGUACGUGACCGGAGGACGCUUCAUCAACGGACACGACGUCAUAGAGGACUCCGACAGCUUCGAGUGCUACGACCCGAAGACUGACGCGUGGACGACGAAGGGGACGUUGCCGUACAGGCUGUUUGACCACGGUUCUCUGUCCCUGGUGUGUGUCUCCAACAAAUCCAAGCCUCCCUGAGUGUGUGUUGUGGAUGUGUGUGUCCCCUUCAGAUGAUACUCUGCCCGACCAAGCAAAAAGACAUUAACUGCUCAUAGCGUGGAACUGAGAAAAAUACCUUUUAUUUACCUUGGUGUCACAGUAUCUUCAUGCAGUUACUGGCUAACAUGACCCCCUCCAUUUUCUCCUGAACACAAUACAACCGAGGCAGGAUACUUGUCCACAUGAUUAAGGAUGUAUUUAAAGUAGCAAAAAAAUUGACAUGAACUCAUUUUGGACCAAAUGAGCAGUUAUUGCCUUUUUGCAUGGAAGAGCAAUACUGUCUAUACAUAUGUUGCUGCUCGGAUGUGACGCUGACCGACACAGAUGUUGCAAAGAACAUCUCUGAUGUCAUUUCCUGUCCCGCAAAUUCCCUCAAUGGGUGACACUUUUUCCAGCAGCUAAACUUAAAUCAAAUUAAGAUGUUUUUAUAGAUUUUAACUUGUUAUGUGGAACUGAAGCCCUGGGCAGUUAAUUGUUGUGUGGUACUGAAGCCCUGGGCAGUUACUUGUCGUGUGGAACUGAAGCCCUGGGCAGUUAAUUGUUGUGUGGUACUGAAGCCCUGGGCAGUUACUUGUCGUGUGGAACUGAAGCCCUGGGCAGUUACUUGUCGUGUGGUACUGAAGCCCUGGGCAGUUAAUUGUCGUGUGGAACUGAAGCCCUGGGCAGUUAAUUGUCGUGUGGAACUGAAGCCCUGGGCAGUUAAUUGUCGUGUGGAACUGAAGCCCUGGGCAGUUAAUUGUUGUGUGGAACUGAAGCCCUGGGCAGUGAAUUGUUGUGUGGAACUGAAGCCCUGGGCAGUUAAUUGUCGUGUGGAACUGAAGCCCUGGGCAGUUAAUUGUCGUGUGGAACUGAAGCCCUGGGCAGUUAAUUGUCGUGUGGAACUGAAGCCCUGGGCAGUUAAUUGUUAUGUGGAACUGAAGGCUAUAGGUGUAUACAAGUACUGUAGACUAUAUGAAGACGACACUACAUGAUGACCAACUGUUUAGUCACCAGUCCAAACACACGUUACCAACAGACUGGAUGACAUUACUACCCACUGGGCAAAAACUGGUUGCAACAGUGUUGUUUCUACGUCAUUUCAACCCCAAAAGAAAUUCAAUCUUGAUAACGUUGAAUCAACGUGGAAAACUGGUUGGAUUUACGAAAAAAGAGAAUUUAAUCUUUUUUUCACAACUUUUUAGCAUAAAUCCAACGAUAUGGUGAAAUGUUUUGUUGAUUUCACGUUGAAUUCACGUUAAUUUCACGUUGAUUUCACGUUAGUUAACAUCUGAAACCAAAUCAAAACUAGACGUUUGAACUGAUGUCUGUCCCCAGUGGGUAGGGUCCAGAGUUUUCUCUGGGCACAUCUUCGAGGAAAAACUCCAGUCACUACUCAUCACUGCACAAUAACAAACCCUACGGUAGGCCAAACAUGAUGUGAUCUGGUAACAGACUGUAGCUAGCCAACGCACGCAAGAUUUGGUUCUGGGUUCAGAGACUAAUGAGGCAGCAAGGACGUUCCCUGUGUUACUGAGCAUCAUCACAAACCCAGGGUAGUGUGUCAACAUGAUUCAGUGACUGUUGUUUGAGAACACUGUAUACUGAGUGUUCAAAACAUUAGGAACACUUCAUACUGAGUGUACAAAACAUUAGGAACACUUCAUACUGAGUGUACAAAACAUUAGGAACACUGUAUACUGAGUGUACAAAACAUUAGGAACACUUCAUACUGAGUGUACAAAACAUUAGGAACACUUCAUAUUGAGUGUACAAAACAUUAGGAACACUUUAUACAGAGUGUACAAAACAUUAGGAACACUUUAUACUGAGUGUACAAAACAUUAGGAAUACUUCAUACUGAGUGUACAAAACAUUAGGAACACUUCAUACUGAGUGUACAAACAUUAGGAACACUUUAUACUGAGUAUUCAAAACAUUAGGAACACUAUAAUGAGCGUACAAAACAUUAAGAAUUUCGUCAGAACAUGGACUCUACAAGGUGUUGAAAGCGUUCCACAGGGAUGCUGGUCCUUGUUGACUCCAAUGCUUCCUACAGUUGUGUCAAGUUGGCUGGAUAUCCUUUGGGUGGUGGACCAUUCUUGAUACACACGGGAAACUGUUGAGCGUGAAAAACCCAGCAGCUUUGCAGUUCUUGACACAAACUGGUGCGUCUGGCACCAAACCUCGCUCUUAAAUCUUCUGUCUUGCCCGUUCACCCUCUGAAUGGCACACAUACACAAUCCAUGUCUCUAAUUGUCUCCAGGCUUAAAUCCUUCUUUAACCCGUCUCCUCCCCUUCAUCUACACUGAUUUAAUGUGGAUUUAACAAGUGACAUCAAUAAGGGAUCAGAGCUUUCACCUGGAUUCACCUGGUCAGUCUAUGUCAUGGAAAGAGCAGGUGUUCUUAAUGUUUUGUCCGCUCAGUGUAUAUUUAUAAAUAACGUUCCCCUGAGGCGACAUGGAUGGAACUAGUCAUUUAUCAGUGUUUAUAACCAAGUCAUAAGAUUUAACACAUUGUAAGAUGUAUAUAGAUCUAUAUAUAAUACCAGAUGCACAUUGUAAGAAUGCCGUCAUAGUUAUAUUUGAAGAGUGAGAGGGCUCAGUCUGUUUUAUGCGUUUCUUCUUACUGUGUGUGGUGACACCGUCCAAAUGGUUUACCGACGGAUCUAUGCAAAUCGCCUCAUAUAAGUAUUUUUUUUAAAGUUUGGAGUGAUUUUAAUAUUCGUGUUUGUUUUUGUAAUGUUGUUUAUUAAUAAAAAAUGUAUAAUAAAAUGUUA